UAAAAAAAUAAAUGGGAACAUUCAUUCAUUUAUGUUAACCUUUACAUAACAGUUCACUUCUUACCUGACAGUUUUUUCAUCAUCGGAGACGCCGUGGAUUGAUGGAGCCAACCAAUCACAUAUGGGUCAUCGUCAAAGAAACGAAUGGGAUUCAAAACAUACAUUUUAGGAUGAGAAGAAAUUAUCAAAUGAAAAAGAUGAUGAAUGUUUACUGUGAUCGUUCAUCUCUUGAUUUCGACUCAAUCGUUUUUUUCUUUAAAGGUGUUCGCAUUUGGCCAGAUCAGACUCCAUACGAGCUGGAUAUAGAAGAUGGGGAUGAAAUACAUGCUGCCUUGUAUGAACAUUGGAGAGAAUGCAUCAACAUCGAUGUCAAAGGCCAGGUUGGGUACGAAGCUUCCUACAGCUUCCAAAGAAACCGUCCAUUGAAAAAGCUUAUGGAUGAAUAUUGCAAUCAAUAUAAUCUGGAUGUUAGCCAAGUUUGUUUUUUGUUUGAUGGGCGUCUCGUCCAAGCUGAGCAGACUCCACACGAGCUGGGAAUUGAAGAUGGCGAUGAAAUCCUUGCCAUGCUUCAUCUGAGAAGACAUGUUUAGUGUUUAUGAAGAAAUGCUUGCCAUGCUUCAUUGUAGAUGAAAUUAGUUUAACUUUGGACUAGGCAAGUUAAUGCAGAAUAUAUGUACCUUCUAUUUUCUAGUAAUAUUAUGCAUCAGUUGCAGCUGUACUUUGCACUUCCUAAUUAAUUAAUCUUAGGUAUAAAUUAUGGAUGGGAUUAUCAGACUCAUAGUUAAUAUGCAUCAGUUGGCUCCAUGAGGUUGUGAUCUGUAGAAUAUAUGAACUCUGAAUGGCUAUUGAAUUUUGGGCUUAUGUUCUAAAAAUGAAUUUUAUGAAAAUGAAUUUUAGUAGUUGA